UUGAUAUGAAUAUAAAAUAUUUCGAAAACACUUAAAUAAUUCAGAGCAGCGUGAAUCGUAUUUAUUUCGACGGAAAGUAAUAGAAUCGAAUUAGUUUUGUUCAAUCGUCGGAGAGAGUAGAACCAACUUUAUAUAAACAUUGUACUUAAAUUUAUUUUAUUCUGGAAAAAAUAAUCGUCGUAAAAUGUCGAAUCAAUCGUGUUGGUCGAACGCGUGUGCAGCUGAAAGUGUUGGCACUACGAAUCAAUUGUUCGUGUCGUUAGUCAACACGAUUUUAGCAGCUCAAUGCGCCAUUUCUCCACCAGGAAUGUGGCCCGAAGAUUAUGGCAAAAUUGCGAUUAAGAAAAAGUCACGAGAAUUCGAUUUCAUCGUGGUUGGGUCUGGUGCCGGCGGAUCUGUGGUAGCGAGUCGAUUGAGUGAGAACCCGAAUUGGAGCGUGCUGUUGAUCGAAGCAGGUGGUGAUCCACCUAUUGAAUCUGAGUUUCAGCCUCUUUGGACAUCGAUGAUAAAUACCAAAGUCGAUUGGCGAUUCGACACAUAUGCAUCCCGUGCGUGUCAAAGUAGCGGUGGUUUGUGUCCAGCAUCUCGUGGAAAAAUGCUUGGUGGCUCGACAAGCAUGAAUGGAAUGAUUUAUUCGCGUGGUAAUCGAAUGGAUUAUGAUGGUUGGGCUGAGGCUGGAAACAUUGGUUGGGACUAUGAUAGUGCGUUAGAAUAUUUCAAAAAGUCUGAAGGGAAUCUUUGGCAACCAUUCUUGUCUGGACGUGAGCGUAGAUAUCACAACGGGUCAGGGCCGUUGAAAGUAUCGUUCUUGUCGAAUAUAACAUCACCAUAUCAACUCUUUGUCGAUGCUGCCGCCGAAAAAAAUGUGUCACUCAUUCAAGAUAUCAAUGCCGAAGACACAAUCGGACUCGUGCUCACCCAAUUUAUGGCGGCCAAUGGUCGACGUCAAAGUACAGCCAAAGCAUUUCUGAAUCCAGUAAAAGAUCGCAAGAAUCUGUUUGUCAUGAAGCAUUCGUAUGUCACAAGUGUCUUGAUCGAUAAAUCGAACCGAGCGUACGGAGUAAAACUUUCAUACAAAGGCAAGCCAUGGAAAGCGUACGCGAAAAAGGAAGUGAUUUUAUCUGCGGGAUCAUUCAUGAGUCCACAGUUGCUCAUGAGAUCUGGCGUCGGACCCAAAAAUGAUCUAGAAAAUCUCAAAAUUCGAGUGAAGAGUGAUUUACCCGUUGGCAAAAAUUUGAUAGAUCAAGCUUUAACUCUCUUAUUCUUUAAAGGUGACAAUAUAUUGCCAGCCACAAGUCCAACCGACUCACUCGAUGCCAUUUACAAUGUUGCUGUUCACAACUCGGGCGCAUAUGUCUCUUCAUUUAAGUUGGCCGCAUUUUUGAACACAGAAAACGGUGCAAAAUAUCCAAAUUAUGAAACGGUUUACAAUAUAUUCCCUCGAAAUAGUACAUCAGAAAUAAACUCACUCGUUGACUUACUAGGAAUUGAUCGCAACACUGCACAACCAGUGUACGAAAUGAAUAAAAACCAUGAUAUUCUGCUGAUAGAUCUGUUUUUGCUACAACCGAAAUCUACUGGAACCGUGAGACUGAACGGAACAUCAGCAUACAAUAGACCAAUCAUUGAUGUAAAUUAUUUCGAAGACGAUAGUGAUCUUGAAACACUGGCUGCUGCAACGAAAGAACAAUCAUCAUACGCCAGUACGAAGGCAUUCCGGUCAAAGAAUGCCGAGCUAAUAAGAAUUCCGUUACCCAAUUGCGAUGGAAAAUUCGAAUACGGAUCGAUUGAUUAUUGGAAGUGUUACAUCCAAGUGAUAAGCAGCGGGAGUGCACAUCAUGUUGGCAGUUGCAAAAUGGGACCAACGACUGACACCACUUCUGUGGUCGAUCCAGAGUUGCGAGUUCACGGAAUCAACGGUUUGAGAGUUAUUGACGGCAGUGUAAUGCCUUACAUCACUUCAGGACAUCCAACAGCACCCAUCGUGAUGAUAGCCGAAAAAGGUUCUGAUUUUAUCAAAAAGCAAUAUUUAUUUUUGGAUUAGGUUUAAAACUUUUGAUGGUUCACACUCUAAUAAAGGAAAUGUUUUGAUUGCACCAGA